AUUAUAUAUACCUUUUGAUAUGUCUUCUCACAUUCCACGAAGGAAACUGAAAAGAAGGCGUAAUGGAUCUGAUUCCAUAGAUGAGAUUUUGUUAAGAUGGAGAAAUUUUAAUACGGAGGUUAAUUCGAACAAUGAACAAGUGAAGAAGAAGAAGAGAAAAUCUCCGGGUAAUGGAUCAAACAAAGGUUGUAUGCCAGGCAAAGGCGGUCCUGAGAAUUCUGGUUGUAAAUACAGAGGAGUAAGACAGAGGACUUGGGGUAAAUGGGUCGCUGAAAUUCGCGAGCCUGUUUAUAUUAGUGGUGAGUAUAAGAGCAAAGGAAAGAGACUUUGGCUUGGUACUUACUCGACUGCUGUUGACGCUGCUAUUGCUUAUGAUGAAGCUGCUAAGGUUAUGUAUGGAUCCAAUGCCAUACUUAAUUUCCCCAAUUGUUGUGACUCGUUGAGUAAUGGUAACAUUACUCGAACAUCUUCACUGGAAUCGAGUGUUCAAUCGUCUGUUGAUCAUGAAGAUUUAGUUGUUGAUGAUGCAGAAAAGAUUGAAAUUGAAUCGGAUUUCAAAACACCAGAUGAUGAUGCUGGUAUGGUUGUAAGUACAGAUUUAAGUUAUUAUUAUGCUAAUAAAGGUUCACCUGCUCGUUGCUUGACUGAUGAGGAAUCACAACUUAUCCCGGGCGAGAUAGAAUUAAUUGAUUUGGAGUGUAAUUCGAGAUUUAGGAUUCCUAAAUCUCAUGUUAAAGUUAAGACACCUGUAAUGGAAGAAGAAAUUGACAAGGAUGAAUUUGUACAUAACGAUGUCUCAAACACAAAAGACGUGAAGCCAACCGUCAUGUUUAACAAAGAUGACUUGUUGAGGUCUGAUGAAAUUUGCAACUCCAAUGAUCAAAUUGUGCUACGGGACAUGGAUUACUCGAUGAAUAUAUUGCAAGAACAACCAUUGGAUUUCAGGUCUUCUGAAAACCUGAAUGAAGAUGUGAGUACGCGUCUAGAAUACAUGGAGCAUUUUCUAAUGGAUGAUAAUUGCUCAAUGGAAGCAACAAAUGUAUCAGACAUAUUUUCUUUGAAAGAGAACCAUGAUGAAGGUUUCGAUUUUCAGAGGUUUUUAGAAGAAUCAUUUGAUUUCAUUGUACCUCAAGAGUCUUCUGAGCUAAACUAUGCAAAGAAUGAGGAGCAAUUUGAUUGUACAUAUGCAUACGACCAGCAAAUUGAGCUGCAGAACUCAGAGACAAAUUCCGAGAUUCGAUCAGAUGGAAUUUGGAAGGAGCAAAACUUGGGUGCUUUCGGAUUAGAUGACUUUGGAGCAAGCAAUAGUUGGCAACCAGAGGAUAAUAUCGAAGAUUUGUCUAUAUUCAGCUUUGAUUUUGAUGUAUCAUCAUAUAUAAAUGAUAUUAAUUAG